AUCAACUUUUUGUUCUAUAACUAAAGUUCACUGAUGACGUCGUGCUCUUAAAAGAACUCUGCAGAAAUUGUUAAUAGGGAUAUGCAUUCUAUUGUUCGUUUCAGCAACCUUUUGUGGACCUCAAUAUUGUUUAAGAAAUCAUUUGAAGCAACGUUUAAUUUUAAAGCACUUAGUGCUAGAAAGACUUUUGUUAAGUAAUAUUUAUAGCGUAGAAAGUAAAAUAAAUCAAGAAUAAUGACUCUUCUGGACCCACUCUAUACAAAUUUAACCCUGGAUGAAUACUACGAGCAGUAUGUGACGGCGGAAAAUAAGUUUGUGAAGCCCAAUCUCAGUCGUUAUCCUUCUCAGGCCGAACUGAAGCGUCACUACAAUCGCACUCACUACUAUGGCCCAUUUUACAAGCAUCGUGGCUUCCCAGCCAUCAAUCAGAAUCUUAUGCUACAGAUUCACACACAGCCAGAGUUCAAAUCGAAGCGGUGGGCAAAGCUCAAACCGGCAAACGCGUUGAACUUCUGCCCGCGCAAGACCGAGAAGACUGAGUCAACUAUUUUGAAGACCGAACCGACUCGCCCAAAGACCGAGCAGAAGCCGAGGAAGAUGGAGCCUACACGCCUGGUAAAGACAAUUCCGAAUAGCAUGGUCGAUUUUGAACCGAAAUGCGACCUGCGGAUCGAGUCGAAGAACGAUCUAUGUAUUGAUUCGCAAUCGCAGCUAAGGCGCGAUAAAAGCCCAAAGCCAAACCCCUCGCUGCACCACGAACCGCAACCAAAGCGCGUGCCGAAAAACGAGCCGCUGUGUGAUGAGGAGAAUGAGUCGAAACAUGAGCCGAAGCACCACUCGACGCGCCAGCCCAGGUGCGAAGCAAAAUGUGAGCUUACAAAUGUGUCGAAGCGCAAGCGAAAGCACGACUCCAAGCGUGAGCGAAAGAACGACUCCAAGCGUGAGCGGAAACACGACUCGAGGCGCAAGCUGAAGCGCAAGCUGAAGCGCGAGCUAAGGAACGAUUGCAAUACUGAGGUGAAGACGGAGCCGAAGGGCGAGCUGACGAUGGAUGCUAGUCCGGUCGCAAAUAGGAAGUCCGAGCCGGAUUCGGUAUUGGACUUGGUAACUAAGACGGAACACUGGUUCAGCAUCAAGUCGAAGCGCGAGUGCAGGACUAAGGCGAAGCGCAAACUAAAGAACGAGCCGCGAAGCUACUCGAAGCGUGUGAAGAGAGAGUCGACGAGGGGCAACGACGAAGAGGAAAAGGAAAACAAGUCUCCCACCAUGGAAGACGAUGUGGUUGAUGAGCUGGACUUGGGCCUGCAUGAAUACGAUCAUUUUAUGCUGGAAAUCGAGGGCGAUCCAAACUUCUAA